UGUAGCGUCGCUCGUGUGUUAAAGAGAUGAAGAGUCUCGUCACUUCAUUCUUUUAUUAAACUGAUUUUAAUAAUGACAGGAAACUUUGUCUUUAUGGGCUGUUUACAUUCAGCUAUUGAUUAAUGAUCGUUAUAAAACAAGCUCAAGCCUCAGUUUGGAUGUCAUUUUAAAAGCGAUGGCUUUAUUUUGAUCAUGUCGUUCAGUGCUGCAGUAUUUUAUUGGGUUUGUGUCGCUGUUUAAUGGAUUUAUUUCGCUCAUAUACACCGACCAGCAGGUGCAUUUUAGGAAAGAAGACAUUCUGCGUGUGAUCUCUCUCUCUCUCUCUGGUCCUGGAUCAGUGAUUUCAGCGGAAUAUGUCAUAAAUGUGCAGCUUAUAACGUGCAACUUUUAUCAUAACAGUUAAACGGGUGUCACAUCAGACUGAGGAGCUUCAGGGAUCGAUACAUGGAGAUUUAAACUGCAGAUCACAAUCACACUGAUGGAUUCCUGAUCACUGAUCAGACACAAUCAAUGUCAUUGCUGGAGUAUCGUGUGGCGUUCAUGGAUCCUUCAGGGAGCAUAUUGUUUUAAAACGCACCGGACCGAUGUGGAGACAGUCCACACGGAGCUAGUGAUUUGUGAAGGCGUCAGUGACCCGUACAGCUCAAUCUGGCAUCAUGCUGGCGUGUCUGCAGCCACAGAAUCAAACGCCACGACACCUGACAUGUGCCGCAAAGAUCUUCGACACACCCGUCAGUCACACGAGUGAGCCGAGCACCAUGCGAUCCCUGCGGUACCCGUCUACGGCCGAGCUGGAUGCAUAUGCGCAGAGAACGGCUGACAGCCCGCUAUCCAUCAAGAUCUUCCCUACCAACAUCAGGGUCCCUCAGCACAAACAGAUCAACCGGACGGUCAACGGUCUGGACACUAGCGGGCAGCGCUUUAGUCCCUUCUCACACCCGUACUCCGGUGGGUACCAGGGCUUGUUGGCGACUGUCAGGACUUCCACUGCCACCAAAAGUGUGCUCAAAAGCUCAGACAGCAAACGAACCAAGCUGUCGCCCAUCCAAAUGGCAGUCGCACCUUACGCGACACCCAUCAACCACUGCAUCGCCAAUAGACAUCGGCAGGUGCCGUAUAAUGUGGGACUUUGCAAGGCCCCAGAAGCACCCAACGUACCUAGCGUUGUGAUGGCAGCAUUUGCCAUGUCUGACUGCUCGAGCCACAGAAUCAUUCAGCAAAUGAGACAUCCGUCCAAUGGUCAGUGCGGCGAGACUCAUUCCAACCCAUCGUUCUUGGCAGCGACCGCUGCGUCCAAUGCAGAAUCUGGUUUCGCUGUAUCUGGGUAUUCCAGAGCCGUGCUGCCGACUCAGAGCGCAGACGUGACCAAAGCCGCAGGAUACGUGGAUGGUUUGGAUUACCGGCAACACGAGCAGCGCCGAGUGCAGCAGUACUAUCCGCAAGGCUCACUACGAAUGUACAGCGCCAACAGCGACAGUGGUGAGGUCAUCAGCGGCUCUCCUAAAGUCUGUGUUCCCAUUGGAAGCACCCAAAUCUCCUAUAGAUCCCACACCCUCAGUACUGCCACCAGUUUAACAGAUGGCAUGCUAAACAAAGCCACUUCCUCUCCACUGAACUGCACAGCCAUGCAUGGCAACUUCUCGGUCAAACAGUUCUUCGCACCACCCUGGAACAGCAUGCUAGCGACGCCGGGCAGAGAUUACAGUUCACAAGAGGUGGGUCGGGGUCACCCUCACCUCCAUCCUCACACAGGACACCCUCAGCCGUACCCGAUGGACCGCAGGCUGAGUCUCGGCCUGUCCUGCGGGCUGCCCAGUAAGAGCACGUGUCAAGCGUCGCUCCUGAGUAGCAGUCUGCAGUUGCUCGAGUGCCUGAUCAGUGAAAUCCACCCGCCCUGCAUCAAAGAGCGCAUGCUGGGCCGAGAUUACGACGUGGUGGGUGUCCCGCAGGUCUUCGACCAUCAGUCCGCACACGUUCAGCUGCCUGUGUUGAGAUAAGACAAGGAUUGGCAUAGUUUUUGAGCCAAUAGUGUGCUGUCUGUGAUUGCAGCAAACAGGUUGGAUUGAACUCACUGUUAAGUAGACAUAUGUUGUAAAGGGCUGUGUGGGCCAGAGGUUAAAGGGUAAUAGUAAUCCUAAUCUGUAGAGAUCAUAUACUGAUUAACCUGUUUUGACCCAUUUCAGUGGCUUUUACUGUAUCGUGUUCAUACUAGCGUUAAGCAAGCAUCAGUUUUUUAUGACUUGUGCGGUUCAUCAGAUGAGCCGUAAUGCUUUGAAGAGAUUCAGAUUCAGAAGUGCUUUUCUAAAGCCUCCAAAUUUUGGAUACGACUGUCAUAUUUUGUCCCCUAGUUGCAGUCGAGAUGAACUUUUUGGAUUGUAUUUGUCGCAAAGCAGAAAGCACUCCCGAAUCAGGAUGUCAAGUACACCGUCCCUUGAAAAAAGAAAAAAGAAAAAUGUAAAAUAAAGCUUUGAAGAAAGCUUUCUGGGGGGGGGGAUUAUUUUAGGUUUGCAACAAUAUCAUUAAGCAAAUGCUCGAUUUUGUUGUGCAGAUGGAUGAAUUCAAUUAAAUUCAUGAUUCAUAUCCACUCAGUAUUUUUAUAAUUAUUAUUAUUAACAUUAUUAUUAAUAUUACUGUUAGUAUAGUUGAUAUGAUCAAUUAUUAAUAAUAAAAAUAAUAAUAUAAUAAUAUUAAUAAUAAUAAGCCAAUUGUGAGUACAUAUUCAAACACUCAAAAAAGAUUUUAAUUUGAAUUGAGUAAUCUUUACCAAACUGAAUUAAUUUAUUUUAGUUAAAGAUUGCUUAAUUCAAUUUGAUGGAAAUUUGUUAUGAAACUAAGAUGCAUAAAUCUUAAAAACAGGCACAAGUAUGACGUACACAUUUAAUCAAACAUUUAAAUACAAAUGUCUUUUGUGAUAUAUUUGCAGUGUAAAUGAUCAAUUUGACUUCUACAUUCUUUAGUGUUCAGUCUUCCAAAGUAUAGCAGGUGUUUAGAUAUUAGUUUAGUUGGCUUUUCUUAUAGUUGGGAAUGGAACAACAUCCAGUCGACCGGUUGCAUACAGUCUAGUGGCACAAAUAGAGCUGAAGUACUUCGAUGCUCAAAUCGGGUCUGAAAACUCCUCCUCUGCAGAUGGUGGGAACGCGGACAUUUUUCAGAUGCAGUGAAAAGGCGAGUCUCUCUUAAAACCUUUUUGCUCAUCUUCUGAACCGCAGAUCAUGGCAGAGUACAGACACAGAAUCUGCACCUUCAGAACUCCACAGAUGCAGAUUUACACAUUGCAACAUCCAUCAUUCGCUAAGUUCUUCACAUCCCCCUUGUGUAUUUGUUAUUUUAAAUGCUAAUUUCAUGUGAGUGUAGGACUCUCAGCUCAGUUUAACACCGUUUUCCAUGUUUAAAUCCAUUCUGCACAGACCCCCCCCCCCCCCCCCAACCCAUGUGAUUGAGUGCUGCUGUACUUUAAUGUUCACACAAACAAUCUGAAUCUGCCAAAAACACCACAGGAAGUGACAGAUUAAUCUGCCCAUCAAGUCUGUUCUGUUUACUCGUAUAAGCCACAGUCAUUUUAAAUAACUCUGUUAAUUGACAAUAAAUCAUAAUAGUUAUGAAUUUUCCCUGUUGCACCGUUUUGCAUGUUUGGUUUAAGAAACAAUUAAUUUAAAAGGAAACAAGUAAUAUUUUACUGCUAUGUUUGUUGCUACCAAUAGGAUGAUGAAAAUCCUUUUCAGUGACUAUAAUGUUUGUUUGUUUGUUUUAUCCAAAUUCUGGCAUCCACAUCAUAAUGAAUUCUGGAACUUUGAUGGUGAUUAACUUGAUUUUAUGUACUGAAACGGAUCUGGUUUGUAUAUGGAGUCGUGUUAACGCUUUGAUUGGUGGUUUUGGCUCCAUCAGUACAUGUUAUUGAUUAACAGACGUGACACAGUAUAACACAUAAAAUGUUUUCAGGAUGAGUAUUUUAUAGAUUUCAUUCAUUAUGUUGUAUUUAUUGAUAUUUAAAUGAAUCCAAUAUCAGAUCUUCUGCUGGAUAUUUGAGAUCUGUAAAUGAAUAGGUUUCAUUAUUUUAAUGUUUGAUUUAGUUUUCUUGUGUUUUUGAGGAAGUGUUACACAUAAAACAGUUAUAUGAGUGAAAUGACACACUAUGAGCUCAACGUUUUAAAGUGCAAUUAUAAUGUCGACAGACGGGCUCUCUACGAGGCUUCAGUGGAUAUUUACCAUGUGUGACUGAAUUUUCCACCAAUAAGAUUGUCAAAUAAACAUAAUU